GUCCCUCCUACAGGAAACAAACUGGCUGGACCAGUUUCAAGUUUCACCAGAGAGGAAGUGGCAACAAAAAAAACCCUUCAAGUCUCAAGAACUAACAGGCUGGUUACCAUCUCUUGCAGCUCUGUGCCAUGAGGUCCUCUUCCCUCCUCCUACUCUCCUUCCUCGUGGGUGUGUGUGAUAUUCAAGGGGCUUUAGGUUUUAGGAUCUGUGCCUUCAACCUCCAUCACUUUGGGGAUUCCAAGUCCAAGAAGAGCAAUGUCAUGCAUACUCUUACCAGGAUCAUUGCUCGCUGUGAUGUGUGUUUGCUUCAGGAAGUGAGAGACAGUGAGAAGAAAGCUUUACCACUGCUGCUUGACAGCCUUAACAGGUAUAACACUGACCAUGUGUAUGACGCUGUGGCCAGUGAGAGACUGGGCAGGUCUGAAUCAUACAAGGAGCAGUAUGUGUUUGUUUACAGGACCGGUGCAGUGACAGUCACUGGCGAGUAUCAGUACCCAGAUGAUCUGCCUGGAGAUGUUGAUGCUUUCUCUAGAGAGCCUUUUGUUGUCCGCUUCAAAGCCCCCAAGACAGUUAUAAAGGAGUUUGUCCUCAUACCUCAGCACACCACUCCAACCAACACCACGAAGGAGCUUGAUGCACUGUAUGACGUUUUGCAACGUGUGAGGAACAUGUGGAAAACUGAGAACGUGAUGCUUCUCGGAGACUUCAACGCUGACUGCGGCUACCUUGCUAAGAAGAACAGGAAGUAUGUGCGCCUGAUUACAGAGAGGAACCUCUAUUGGCUCAUUCCAGAAAAGACUGACACCACUGUGCGAGCGACCACCUCCUGCGCCUACGACAGGAUCGUCGUACACGGGGAAAGUUUUGCCGGAGCAAUUGUGCCUUCUUCAGCCAAACCAUUCAACUUCCAAAUGGAAUACCAACUCACAGAGGAGCAGGCACUGGAGGUUAGUGAUCAUUACCCGGUGGAGGUUCUGCUGAAGGACCUCACAAAAGUCGCCUCCAACGGUGAUACUUCUGGAACACUGGAGACUGCAAAUCAGAAAACAACUCAAUCAAAGUUUUUGUUCUUGUUUGUUGCCAGCCACCUUGUCUUGCAAAUGUUAACACAGUAAUUUAAAAAUAUAUCCGGACAAUCUCAGGACAGCUGGCUUCACAAACUGAUGAGAACUUCACAAUUCCCCAACUGGAGUCCAACUUGCCAAAUAUCACUGAUAACACUCCACAGGAAUGCCUCCUGAUGUUGGGUUCGAGAUUAGGAAAAGAAAAACUUGACUUUUUACCAUUAAGUAUUGCAUCUAUAUUUAACAAUUUAUCUACCUGUGUGUCUGUGUGAGAUACCUCAGUAUGAUGAAUCAGUGCUUCAUAGCACUGCAGAGAUAAAUAAAUCGUUCCUUCAGUUUAGGAAAAUGAUACUUUUUAUCAAUUUCCUGAAAUUGCAUUCAAGGUAGAGAGCAACAAGAAGGUGCUCCAGAAUGCUGAAUGACAACUGCAGUAUCAUCAAAGUUUUUAUUGCAAACAAUCUAAAUAACUAAAUGCUAUCAAUUUAAGGAAAAUGACCCUUCCUAAGUCCCGUCCCUUUUUGAUCUUUUUUCAACUUUCUCCUUUACUGUACUGAGAUAUGCUAUGUGCUAGGCUCUCUAUGUAUGUAAAAUGCUAUAAAUGCUGUAUAUACUGUGAAAAUGACAAUAAAGACUGAUAUUGAUAUUGAAAAGACAACCACAUUUUAAAGAUGGUUAAAACAUAAAAGCGACAUAUGUUAGCUAAUGUUAGCAAAAAAAUAGCGAAACACUUUUAUCUUCGAAAAUGUGGUUUUCAAUAUAGACAAACCUAGCAUAGGUUUUUAAGUAACCUACAGGAAGGGAGAAAGUUAACCAGGUUCCAAAAGGGUUGGGGUUAGGAAGGGUCAAUUAAUCCAGUAUCUCAAGGGCACAAAUCAUGAGAGAACAAAUUAAGUAGUUCAACAGUACAAAGCCACUGAAAUAAUUAUAUGGAGCACAUAAAUUAUUAAUGUAACGGAACUAUUUAUCAAACAAUUUCUCUAUAGAACAGUGCUAAAAUAUAGAAAAGAAUACCACUAUUAUUAAAUGUUCAUACCAUAUACAUAAGCUAUGAACUUUAUAAAUACUUUUUGGAAUGCUUUAUAUGUUAAAUUUGUCAUAAACUCAAGUCAAGUCAUAAACUGUCUUGUGACAUUCUUUUCAGUAGACAUUCCUGAGAAUGAGGAAGAGAAAUUCUGUCUAAUAACCACCGGCCAAACCUUGACGUUUCUUGUUUUUCUUCUAGUAUAUUCUUCCUCUUUUUCUUCUCAUGGCAGUCUGUUUAAUUGUUUACUAUCAUAUUCUCUCUCCUGUUUUCUCUGACUCCAUGUUUAUUUUAUACUUGACUCUACACUGUAAAAUUACAAUAACGUCAGGUCUAAUUAAAAGUCCAGUGUGUAACAUUUA